ACUCAUGUGUCCCCAGUUGGUGGCGGUAGUGCGCAUCUGAGCUAGUUUGACAGCCACCAAAAAAAAAACGAAGAAGAAAAGAAGCCUGAUCAUGCGAACAUCUCCAGAAUGGGUACCCAAGUGAAAGAUGUCAUCAUUAAGCCUGACGCUCCCAGCUCUCUGCUGCUGGACAAACAUGCAGACUACAUCGCUGCCUACGGCUCCAAAAAGGAUGACUAUGAGUACACACUGUCAGAGUACCUGCGGAUGAGCGGCAUCUACUGGGGUUUGACGGUGAUGGACCUGAUGGCGGAGCUGCCCCGGAUGAAUCGACAGGAGAUCAUAGACUUCAUCAAAGCCUGUCAGCACGAGUGUGGAGGCCUCAGCGCCAGCAUCGGACACGACCCCCAUCUGCUCUACACCCUCAGCGCCGUCCAGAUCCUGUGCUUGUACGACAGUGUGGAUGCUCUCGAUGUGGACAAAGUGGUGGAGUACAUCAAAGGGCUGCAGCAGGAAGAUGGAUCAUUUGCAGGAGACAAAUGGGGAGAAAUAGACACCAGAUUUUCCUUCUGUGCUGUUGCGACACUUGCAUUACUGGGCAAGAUGGACAAAAUAAAUGUUGACAAAGCUGUAGAGUUCAUCCUGUCCUGUAUGAACUUUGACGGGGGUUUUGGCUGCAGACCGGGUUCAGAGUCUCAUGCUGGUCAGAUUUACUGCUGCGCUGGCUUCCUGUCGCUCACCGGCCAGCUGCACCAGGUAAACGCUGACCUGCUGGGCUGGUGGCUCUGCGAGAGGCAGCUGCCGUCUGGAGGCCUGAACGGACGCCCGGAGAAGCUUCCGGAUGUGUGCUACUCGUGGUGGGUUUUAGCGUCUCUGAAAAUCAUUGGUAGGAUCCACUGGAUCGACAAGGCCAAGCUGCGAUCGUUUAUUCUGGCCUGUCAGGACGAGGAGACCGGAGGCUUCGCUGACAGACCGGGAGACAUGGUGGAUCCUUUCCACACUCUGUUUGGAAUCGCAGGUCUCUCCCUUCUCGGAGACGAGCAGAUAAAGCCAGUGAAUCCGGUUCUGUGCAUGCCUGAGGACGUCCUGCAGAGGGUCCGCCUGCAGCCCGACAUCCUCAGCUAGCCCUCUGUCAACAUCACCACACACACACACACACACACACACACACACACACACACACACACACACACACACACACACACACACACACACACUCACACUCACACACAGCUGCCCUGCUGAACACCUCCAGAGAGUGUGAGGGCCGCCACACAUCUAGUGUUAACUGAAGACCACAGACACAUUUAGCUGCAGGUUUCACUAAGGGCAAAACGUCUGCCUUUACACCCUCACAAUGUGUUGUGUUAUCAAGUCACUUUUGUCGGUUUUACUGCAAGAGAGUGGUUUAAAAAAGAGAUUUUGGAAAGUGCAAGCAUCAAUGCUACACUCUAGAAACCAGUAGAAAACAUUCCUUAGCUUUUUGACUUACUCGGGAUGUCUGAGGAAACAAAUGUGACUGUUGGCGAACUGGAAGAUUCUCAAACAUCUCAUUGGCCAGAGACGGAGGCACUGAUUAACUCUGCUAUCUUAUGUGCAUUAUCUGUGGAACAAUAGAUAGUCAUAGUCACUUGACUGGAUCUGCCCAUGUCAUGCACCUGCUGUGUCAAAUAAAAUACCACAUUUGAAAAGUGAGAGCAAGGUAUCCUCGUCCUGUUUAAACUCGGGCAAUCGUACCACCGUCUACAGUUCAAACAGGAAUAGUUUUUUUGCAUAGAUUCAAUGAAGUGGUAAUCUUUAGUGGUGACACCCAGAGGUAAAACACAUGGACACUUCUUUGUCUCUUGCUAAGCACAUUUAACGUCUUAUCCACAAUCUUAGCUACACUAUUUAACCCAGUGUUUUUAUGCAGCCGUGGGCAGAGAGUUAAUAAUUGCCCCAUCUUUGUUAAACAUUAAAUAAAAUGUCAGUCUUAAAUGUUGAUGAUUUCGAAGCUUCUUCUUACGUGUUCUUGUUCAAAACUCUUUUUCCCCGUUUUCGGAACCACUGAUUGUCAAUGUCAUAUUGCUGCACUCGUGUUGUCUUUCUUUUAUCUGUUGUUAGAUAACUGUUCAGUGGUGACAUUGUUACACAGAGUCACUAAAUCACUCAUUGAACCUAUUAGUGUGUCCCCAAUUUAAAUGACAAACUGAUUACUGUUCAUAUUGACAUUGUUAUGCCAAGAUAAUGCUGUGUCAUUACUCAAACAAAUCCCUGUAUUGUGAUCAUAGGAAUUGUUGCACAAUUAUAGAGGAAUAGUAUGAUUAAAAAAAGUCUAAACUUUAAGGUAAACUUCUCAUCUCUGUGUUGUGGGGGCAACUCUAAUCCAAAAAGCUGCUUACUGUUGCACAACUGUCUGUGUGUAUAUUCAUGUAACUUAUUUGUUAAUUUGGUUGGCAAUAAAUGUAGAAUAUCUCCCUCAA